AUGCGUUAUGAGAAAAAUUAUAGUUUCAUAAAGUUGUACUUCAGUGCCAUACACCAUCAAUUCUACUCAAAUAACAAUGCUGCUGAUGAGGAAAAGGACAAAGAAUAUCGUGGUCAAUAUCGUCCAAAUCAGUAUUACGAUGGCCGUUAUGGCAAGAAUCGUGAUUACUACAAUCAACGUUAUUAUCAGGACAAUUUGCUGAAGCAAUACAAAUCGGAUAUUGCGGGCAAAGAUUCUCGCAUCAUUGAACAAAAGUUGGAACCUGCCAUCGAUGGUAACUUUGCCUACGAAUUCGAUAGCGAAAAUGGCAUUCAUGUUGAUGCCCAUGGCACCAAUGUUAAAGUUGGAAAUGAAGAAGAAGGUCAGAAAAUUGAAGGUUCAUUUGCCUUCAUUACUCCCGAGGGUCUACAGAUUGGUGUUCGUUAUGUAGCCGAUGAAGCGGGCUAUCGUCCCGUAUAUACCUUCAGUGGUGUUGAAUCGGGUAGAUAUUCAAAUUCCCCAUCCGCUGCUGAUGUGGCAGUCGCCAAGGCUACUACACCUUAA